UUUAAGUGCUUUGGGCUUUAAUCCAUCGGAGCUUGUUGUGUUCUGUCUGCCCCAUAGUUCUCUACUAAAUUGUAGGAUAACUAAGGGAUUAGACAACCUUAUGUAUUUGGAUCUCAGCAAUUCCCGCUCUUUGUUAGAAACUCCAAAUUUUGAAUUGAUGCCAAAUUUGAAGAGAAUAUACCUUUCAUACUGUGUGGGAUUAAAAGAGAUUCACCCAUCUAUUGGACAUCUUCAGCAGCUUGUUUUGUUGGAUUUAAGCAAUUGCUAUAACCUAGAGAAGCUUCCUUGCUUCGUUCAAGUUUUAUCCCUUCAGUUUCUCAAACUUGAACAUUGUGGAGCAUUACAAAAUUUUCCAGAAAUCCAGACAAAUAUGCCAUAUGUAAAGGAGCUGAAUUUAGAAUCCAUUCCCAUUACAAAACUCCCCUCAUCGAUCCUACAUCUAUGUGGGCUCACCAAGUUACGCUUGUGUGGGUGUGAAGAUCUUGUCUCUCUUCCUGAUGACUUAUGUGAGUUGGAAAGUCUUACAAUUCUUGAGCUUAGAGAUUGUGGCGAACUAAAGUCAUUGCCAGAAAACCUAGGCAACUUGUCAAAUUUGGAAGAACUUCAUAUAUUUGACACUGCCAUUUUUCAACUCCCAUCUUCAAUAACGCAGUUGAGCUCACUUGAAUGCUUGUGUUGGGGAGGCAACCAGGAAAGAGAGAAGUCUCAAAUUUGUGCCUAGUGUAUCAGGUUUGCGCUCACUGAAAAGGUUACAACUAUCUGAUUUUAAUGCAAUCCACAAAGGAAUCCCUUCGGAUCUUGAAUACUUGGUCUCGUUAAAAUACUUGUGUCUCCGGGGAAGCAAUUUUGUUGAUUUACCUGACUUCACUCAACUCCCUCGCCUUCAAUAUCUUGACAUCAAAGGUUGUGGACAACCUAAAGGGUUCCCAGAAACUACAAGAGAGCUAUAUGCAGAUUCUCGUUUUGCCUCUAGAAGAAACAUAACUAAGUUACUAGCAGAGUGCCCAGAAUUACAUGCAGUUGCAUUCUGUGAUGAUGGUAAUGAUCUAAGUAUGGAGCUGCCACAGUCUUUUUUAUCUAGGAUGUGUAUUCGUUUUCCGCUUCCUAGAAUUUCAAGAAAGAUUACUUUCAGUGUUAGCUAUUCACUUCCAUUACUAGAGGAUGAUGAUGAUGAGAGUCCUGGUGCCAAUGCCUUGAGAUUAUUUCAAUACCGAUGCUAUCAGUCAAAUGGCAUUUCCAUUGAUCUCAAUCACUCUUGGUAUUGUGAAAGGUUUGUGGGAUUUGCUGUAUAUUUCAUCUCUUCGGGAUUUGAUAUGCGGGGACCACACUCCUACAAACACAUUCAUUGUGUUGAGCAAUGCACAAUCAUAGCUAAAUUGUCACACAAAAACAAUAGAAAUCAAGAUCUCCAAAGAAAAUGUGUGAUUGUCAAUGCGAAUGACUCUAUAUAUGAGGAAAUCCAAGGACACAUAUGCUCUGCCUACAUACCAUUUAGUAGUUUGUGCCCUGAUUCUAGUGUAACCCCAGAUGAUUUUUCAAGAUUUGAGGUGGAAUUUAUGAAUUUGGAAGCAAUUGCAGAUUGGGGUUGUAGUUUGUUAUACCAAAGGAGUAGCAAAAGACUAGCAAGUCCGGAGGAUAUUUGUUCAUGUGCUCAUACACUAGCAAGUCGGGUUGAUAUUUGUCCAGAAUGCACAAUUGAUGAUAAGGGACCCUUGCACAUGUUGGAAUACAUGAAUCUCAGCCGAAUCAAUUUUAUGAAAUUUCAAAAUUUGCCUCGGUUCAUCAGCAGAUUCCAUGUUAUUCAAUAUCUUGACAUCAGCGGUUGUGCAAGAGUUAGAGAGCUACCAGAACUCCCACCUACUAUAAGGGAACUAUAUGCACCAUAUAAUAGAUGUUUGGACUUGGAAAACAACAUAGCUGAAUUGGCAACCAAGUAUUCAGAAUUAUAUUCUCUCGCAUUCUCUUUUUCUAUUCAUGACAAUGAUGACAGAGCCUUUCUAAAACCUAGGGAGUUGGCUGAGAAGUUUAUUCCUAUCACACAGCCUUUUCUAAAUAGAAACAUUCCUUUUGCUGUCACCUAUCCUCUUUACACGGGCACUGAUUAUAAUAUCAGUAGUUGCUUCAAAUAUCCUCACCAUGAUUCGAACAAGAUCACUAUUUCUCUGGAUCCCACCUGGUAUAGACAUAACUUUGUAGGGUUCGUUGUAUGUUUUCACUUUCCAAUAAAAGUGAGAUGGGAGUCACACCCAGAUAUUCGACCUUUUAGGUAUUGUAAACUCAUAACCAAACUUACACACAAAGAUAAUGGAAGUGAUGAACAUCCUCUCCAAAACGAAUGUUUGAUUGGCAGGCUAUAUGAUGAGGAAUUUUAUGAUGACUUUGAGGAUAUGGAACUUGUAUGCUUUGCGUACAUACCGUUUAGUAGUCUGUGGCCUAAAUCUAAGGCUAUCACGGAUACUACUACUCCCAAUCAUUAUUUGGUAUUCCAGGCAGCAUUUCAAGAUUUGGAAUUUUCAAAGCAUUUCAAUGCCCAAGAUUGGGAAAUUUCAACAGAUUGGAGUUGUGGUUUGCUGUAUACAGAUGAUAAAUCAUUAAUUGAAGAAUUACAGCAAAAAAGGGAAUUAAAUGGUUCUAGUGAGAGUGAUUCAGAAGAGGAAGAGGAAGAGGAAGAGGAAGAGGAAGAGGAAGAAGGUGAAUCAAUUGAUAAUGAUGAGUAUGAAAGUGAUGCAGGAUAUAGUUCAGAGGAAACAUAUAGCUUGAUGGCUUCUACCUCUUCUGUUACUGCUUCACCAUCACCGGCCUUUGAAGAGAACUUGGUGGGGUUGGAAUCUAGAGUUAACAAAAUUGGUAACUGGUUGAGAUUGGUAUGUGAUGAUGAUGAUGAUGCUCAGUUCAUUUGCAUUUGUGGUAUGGGAGGUAUCGGUAAGACAACAAUUGCAAUGGCUGUUUUAAACAAAUUUUCGAGCCAAUUUGAUGGAGCUUGUUUUCUUGCCGAUAUUAGACAACAUGAUACCAUUGAAUUGCAAAAGUCCCUUAUAACAACAAUCCUAAAGGAUAAAUCAGGAGUAGAAAUAAGCAAUGUGAAAGAUGGAACGGCGAAGAUAAGGUUAAGGCUUCAAGGGAAAAAGGUUUUGAUUGUUCUUGAUGAUGUAGAUGGCACGGAACAAUUAGAGAAAUUAACUGGAGGUGGUGAUUGGUUUGGUAGGGGUAGUAAAGUGAUUAUAACCACAAGAGAUGCAGGAGUACUGCGUUUCCAUGGAGUUGAUGAAAAGUAUAUAUACCAAGUAGAUACAUUGGAAGAGCAUGAAGCUAUUCAACUAUUUAGUUUGCAUGCCUUUAAAAAAAAAAUUCCUAAGACUGGCUUCGAAGAACUGUGUGGAUCAAUUGUGCGUCAUGCUAUGGGUCUUCCAUUAGCUCUUAAAGUUUUGGGCUCUCAUUUUUGUGGACUAGAGGCUGCUGACUGGGAAAGCACUUUAGAGGAACUCAAGGGCACUCCAAAUGAUGAUAUUGAUACAAAGCUUAAGAUAUGUUUUGAUAGACUAGAUUCCAACAGUAAAAGCAUCUUUUUAUAUAUUGCAUGCUUUUUCAGACACGAGAGGGAAGAAUAUGUAAAAGAUGUGCUUAAAAGUUGUGAUUUGCAACCAUUCAUUGGUAUGCGCAUACUCAUUGAAAAUUCUCUUAUAUCAGUCCUGGAAGGAAGAAUUGAGAUGCAUGAUCUAAUCCAAGAAAUGGGUUGGCAUAUUGCAAGCCUGGACAGACCUAGGAGCAGGGUAUGGCAGCUUAAGGAUGUUGAUAAUGUGUUAUGCGGAAAAAUGGACCCUAAACACAAAGAAGAGAUUUUAUUACCCUCCGCAGGUGGUAUCAAUAAGGGGAAUAUUAGUGAAUUGAAGUGGCUUGAUUUCAAAUUUUAUCCAUUCACUUCAUUACUGGGAAGCUUUAUACCAUCAAAGCUUGUUUGGUUUUCCUUGCACCAUAGUUAUCUGGAAAAUUGCAGGAUAAAUCAGAAAUUAGACAAAUUGAUCUAUUUGGAUCUCAGCUCUUCCUACUCUUUGUUAGAAACCCCAAAUUUUGAUUGGAUGCCCAAUUUGAUGAGAUUAAACCUCAGUGACUGUCAAAAAUUAAAAGAGAUUCACCCAUCUAUUGGAAAUCAUAGGAAGCUUAUUUUAUUGGAUUUAAGCAAAUGCCAUGACCUUGAGAGGCUUCCCAGCUUCAAUCAAGUUUCAUCUCUUAGGUCUCUCAAUCUUUUAGGAUGCAUCAGAUUAGAAAAUUUUCCAGAAAUCGAGGCAAGAACACCACAUCUAGUGGAGUUGGAUUUAAAAAUGGUUGGAAUUAAAGAACUCUCCUCAUCAAUGCAAAAACUACAUGGCCUCACUAGGUUAUGCUUGGAUCAAUGUCCACAUCUCGUAUGCCUUUGUAAUGACUUGUGUGAGCUGACAAAUCUUAAAGUUCUUGAGAUUAAAAACUGCAGAAAUCUAAAGUCAUUGCCAGAAAAUCUUGAAGGCUUGAUCUCGUUGGAAUACUUGAAUUUCCAAGGAUGUUGUUUUGAUUCUUUACCUGAAAGCUUUAGCCAACUCACUUGCCUUGAAUACCUUAGAAUCACAGAUUGUGAAAUUCCUAACAGGCUACCAAAGCUCCCAGCAAAUAUAAAAGAACUAUAUGCAGAUUGUGGUUUCAAGAUAGCUGAGCUAGCAAUCCAAUACUCAAAAUUAAAUUUGGUCUCCUUCUCUACUGGUGAUCAACAUGGAGUUGUAACUUCUCUAGCUAAGAAGUUCAUUCAUUUUCCACUUCAUAGAAAGACUCCUUUCAGUGUUAGCUAUCGUAUCACUAAUGUGGAUCUUGAGAAGAGCAAAGUGUUGAGAACAUUCAAAUACCGACACUACAAGUCAAAUGGAAUCUGCAUUAAUCCCGAAUCUUCCAUGUAUAGUGAAAAUUUUAUGGGGUUUGUGGUAUGUUUUUCUGAAAAAAAAGGUAAUAUUUGGGGACGACACUCGUACCAAGCCAUUGAUAAUAGCAUCCGUAGUUGUACAGUCAUAGUCAAAUUGUCACACAAAAAUAAUAAAGAUGAAGAUCUCCAAACUGAUCGUGUGAUAGCCAUAUCAUCUUUUGACAAUUCUGACGACAUCUAUGGAACCCUAUGCUGUGCCUACAUACCAGUUAGCAGUUUGUGGGGUGAAUCUAAAGCUAUAAAGGAUUAUUCAAGAUUUGAGGUGCAAUUUAUGAAUCUGAAAACUUCAGCAGAUUGGGGUUGUAGCUUGUUAUAUGAAAGUGCUUCUAGGCAAACAGGAGCAGCAAUGCAUAUAAGUACUCACGGUGGAAGCGAUUCAGGACUCACGACGGAUGAUAUUGGAUGCUUGAGCCAAUUAGGGUUGGAAACAGAGUACUUGAAUCUCAGUAGAAGAGAUUUUUCUUGUUUACCUAAACUCCCUCACCUUCAAUACCUUGACAUUAGUGGUUGUCGAAGACUUUUAAUGCUACCGAAACUCCCACCUACUAUAAGGGAACUAUAUGCACAUUCUAAUUUAGCUUAUGAAAGUUACAUAGCUGAGCUAGCAAGCAAGUAUUCAGAAUUAUAUUCUGUCUCAUUCUCUCAUGGAUAUGUAACUCUCUGUGCUGAGGAGUUAGCAAGGGAGUUUGUUCAGGUGCCUUUUCAGAAUAGAAACUCUCCUUUCCUGGUUAUCUAUCCUACUUGUGAUGACUUGAUUACAGAUGUUGAUACCAAGAGAUGGUUCAAAUAUCCAUCUCGUUGUCCAAAUAAGGUCUCCAUCAAUCUUAAUCCCUCUUGGUAUAGUCAAACCUUUGUGGGAUUUGUUGUAUGCUUUCUCUUCAAUGGAAGAAAACAGAAAUGGGAAUCACGCCCAGAAAUUCGUCCUUUUAGGUAUUCUAAGCUCAUAGCUAAGUUGAGACACAAAGAUAGUGCAAAUGAAGUUUAAACAGAUUGUGUGAUUGCCAGACUAUAUGACGAAGAGUUUGAUGACAAGUUUGAGGAAUGCAUGGAUUCUGAAUUCAUAUGCUUUGCCUACAUACCGUGUUC